AUGGUUCGAGAGGCACCAAUGGUGCAGGCUAGCACGUGGGGCAAAUUAGUCAAUGGCGUCAAGCAAGACAUCGCCGCAGCCAAUGCAGACCUUCUACCCCCUAACGCCGCGGAUCAUUCCCUCCGCUUACGCAACGGAGACAGCUAUCCAUUGUGCCGUCCGGCGGCGGAACCUGCAGCUCGUGAAGCCGCUGCUCGAAGCGGGCGCUUCCAUUCACGACAAGGAGCUCAACGUCGGACAGUUCUCCACGUUGCCGCGAAGAAGGGUCAUGUCGACAUGGUCGAGCCGCUGAUUAGGCUGGGAUGCGACGUCACUGCGGUGGACGCGAAGGGAUGGAGACCAUUGCAUCAUGCGGUGAAUGGGCAACAUUUGGAGGUGUUUUUGGUUCUCCUGAAGCAUGGUGAUCAAGCAUCUGGAUUGUUAAUGACUGGGAAGGAAAAGGAGGAACGUCUUCCGCCACUGAGGACUGUGUUGAGGCAUGGUAAUACGAAGGUGAUGGAGCUUCUCCCUAAUGCCGGAAUCCCCCUAUAUGAAUGA